AUGAGCAAUUUUACACAUUUUUCUCAUUUCAGGCUCGGUGGCUUUUCUGAAACCAGGGUUUUAAAACCCUUGUUUUUCAUGAUUGUAAUGUUUAUCUACAUGUUAAUUCUGUGUGCCAACCUGUUGCUCAUUGUUGUUAUCUGUAAGAACAGGAGCUUACAUGAACCUAUGUAUAUAUUUCCAUGCAGUCUGUUUGUUAAUGAGCUGUUUGGUAGUACAUGGUUCUUCCCUCUCCUCUUGGUUCAGAUUCUCUCUGACAGUCACACUGUUUCUGUUCCUUUGUGUUUCCUGCAGAUCUUCUGUGUGUACUCAUAUGUAAAUGUAGAGCUUUUUAUUUUAGCCGUCAUUUCUUAUGACAGAUAUCUUGCCAUCUGUUAUCCUCUGCAAUAUAACUCUCUUAUGACAUUUAAAAAGGUUGCUGUGCUUAUUGCAGUGUCAUGGUUAACAUCUUUUCUUAAUGUUGUUUUCACAGUGUCUUUGAGUUCUACUCUGCAGCUGUGUGGGAACAUUAUUGACAAUGUUUACUGUAAUAACUACUCCAUAGUUAAACUGGCCUGCUCUGACACCACAGUAAAUAACAUUUACGGCAUAGUUAAGCUUGUAAUCACAGUAUUUGUUCCUCUGAUUUGGAUCUUUUAUACUUACAUGAGGAUUCUUAAAGUGUGUUUCUCUGGUUCCAAACAGACCAGACAGAAAGCUGUCAGUACUUGCACACCUCACCUGGCCUCUCUGCUCAACUUUGCUUUUGGAAUUUGCUUUGUGGUUAUUCAGAGCAGGUUUAAUGUGAGCAGUGCACAAACUCUGCUGCCUAUAAUUUUCUCCUCAUACCUUAUUACAUGUCAGCCGAUCCUAAACCCGGUCAUGUACGGCCUGAAAAUGUCCAAAAUAUUCAAUAUAUGUAAAAGCCUGUUUUGUUCUAAAGCUCUGAUUAUCCAACUCAAUCGUUGAGAUCAAAUAUUUAUGAAUACCUUUUAAUGAGUCCAGUUUUCUUGAUGUCUAAGGGUCACUGUACUGUCAUACAAGAAAUCAAACAUGCACUUGAUAACAGCACAAACAGCUGAGCUGGUUUCUGAAGAGCAAAUGUAAACACUUGUUGAAUCCUAGUGUGUCUCAUUUAGAUGAACUGUGUAUGUGUUUAAUGUGUUGACAGUUCCAUUUGCCCUGAGCCAACAGCUCUGAUUUCAACACAGUAAGGUUUUGGUAAAGUGUUCUGCAUGUCUAAAUGCUAUUUGAAGCUGUAUAAAUAAAGUGGAUGGAUGCACAA